AUGAAUAAAAUUGGCAUGCUGUUGGAAACAGCGUUUUGUAAAUUAAACAGUGAUACAGCCGAUUCUGUUCUACGUGAUAUUUUGAAACGUAAAUGGGGUCUGAAACCACCUACCCUUAUCAUUACUGUUUUUGGUACAGAUUUUGAAAAGAAAAGAAAAUUAAAAAUGAUAUUUAAAAAAGGUCUUUGGAAGGCUGCUGAAAGCGGUUGUUGGAUUGUAACUGGUGGUUUUCAUUUGGGUGUAAUGAAGCUGACUGGUGAAGCUGUACGUGAUUAUACAGAUGCCUAUGGUGGCAAUAGAAUGAUGGCAUUCGGUGUAGCAAGUUGGGAUUGUGUAACAAAGAAUGAAAUCCUUGAAGCAGCAUUACAUGAGGGUACAGCAGUUUAUCAGUCAGAAGAGGAUGAUGGUGAAGAUGCCGAUGACAGUGAACCAAUAUUAGUAGAUCCAUCAUCACAGGCUGGUCUAAAAGCAGUUCGCAGUGAUGUUGAAGAACGUGCACUUGAUCCAAAUCAUAAUUUUUUCGUUCUAGUUGAUGAUGGAACAACGGAUCAAUUGAAAGGUAAAGAUGCUGAAUUCCGUGCACGAUUUGAACGUUGUAUAUCUUUAUGGAGUUGUGCAAGUAGUUCUCAAGAACAAAGUACAACUGGUGCCAAUCAACAGGGUGGAGUACCAGGUUCUACAACGCAUUUACAACAACCUCAAGGUGGUGUCCCUUCAUCUUCGCCUAGCAGUAACACGAAUCAGACUACAGGAGCAUUACAAAGACAAGGCAGUACGAUUGCUGGACAAACUAGUACAACGUCUGGACCACAGACCAGUGCAACAUCAAUUGGUAAAAGCUCAGGUACUACUGGCGGUUCAUCGAGUACUUCUGCUUUAGGCAGAGGUGCAACAGAACAGUCAGGUGGGCCUGGUGUCCGUGGAGCGAAAGAUAAACCCAAUGCUGAUCCAAGUGUUAGUAAACCAACUAAAAGUGGAAAGUCUGAAGAAGAUGUUCUUGUACCUAUGUGUGGACUAGUUGUUGGCGGAGAUCGAUUUACUCUACGCCAAGUUUAUUGUUCCAUGAUUCGAAAUCGUUGUCCAAUUGUCGUUACAAAGGGUACUUCUGGAGCUGCAGAUGUGAUAGCAUUUGGAUUAGAUGCAGCAAAUAAAAUGGCUUCAGAAGAAGUUGUUGACGAUAAAGAUCAAGUACCAUUGGAAGCCAGAAUAGAAUCGAUCAUCGAGGAGUUUCUUAGCGAUCUUCAUCCAGACUAUACAAAUUAUACCGAUGAAGUGAACAUGUUAUGUGAGAUAAUCAACGACUAUACAAAUUUGGUGUCAGUAUUCGAUAUGGAAGAAGACUCUGAUCUUGAUGGAUACGUGAUCUCAUCUUUACUUGCAAGCGCCGGUUCAACGGUUGCAUCAGAUCAGAUUAAUUUAGAACAGUUGGAGAUCACACUGACACUGAAUCGUGCAGAUAUUGCACGUGAGAAAAUAUUUUUAGAAAAUAAAAAAUGGAAGAAAGGUCAAUUGAACGAUUACAUGUAUCAAGCAUUGAUGAGUGAUAGACAUGACUUCGUCAAAUUAUUCUUAGAACAAGGUUUCAGUUUAGAAGAAUUUCUUACAGUUUACAUGUUAGAGAAAUUGUAUACAGAUCAGUUGAAAAAUCUGAAUUCAAAAGUAGCCAUUUUCAAUAAAAUGUGGGAGUACAAUCGAUCACAUCGGACAUCUAAAGUGGCUUUACGCGAUGUCGGGAAGGUGAUCAAAGCGUUGGUUGGCGAUUUCUACCAUCCAUUAUAUCUAAGUAAAGAAUUUCAAGCUAAACUGAUGCCAGAGAAAAGGCUUGAAGGUGCAGAUAUUCGUGAAUGUUUACUUCGUUCACGUAAGUAUAAAAGUAGUCGAAAUUCUAGUAUUUGUUCAUCAUCAAUGUCAUCAUCGAAUAAUCAUGGGGCUAUAUGUCCAAGAACACUUGGUUUAAAAGAAGGUGUACGCUUCAUUGAUCAUGGAGAAGAUUAUGAGUUUGUCAAUACAAAUAAUUUCAAUUCUACCAUUGAUACUGGAUUUCGUAAUCCAGCUUUUUUAGAGUGGGAUAAAAAUAGAACACGUGCAAUAAUUCGUCGAGGAGCUGCUAGCGUUGAACCAGCUGAAGAACACAGAGACUCUCCUCGUGACGAUGAUGAUGAUGAUGAUAAUGAUCAUGAGAAUGCGUAUGGUUUCCGUGGAACGGAUGAUAAUAUGAACAAUAAUACUGAUGAAUUUCUUGUCAACUACAGACUACCACGUAGUUCAACAGUUAUAACAACAGUAAGCGGUGAACCUUUACUUACGUCACCUGGUACACGAUAUCAUGAUAGGACAAAUGAAGCGACAAUAGCCGGCGGCGGCGGCGGCGUGGGAGGUAAUCAUGGCUAUAAUACACAAAAUGAACAGUCAAACAAGCAAACACGUGCACAUUCACAUAAUCGUUCCAUUUCACCUUACGAUAAACAGAGAUCAAGAGAGGUCAAUGAUGUAGAUAAAAGUCAACCUAGAAGAAGUACAUAUCUGUCCGCGACUAAUAAUAAUAAUAAUAACAACAGGAGUGGGUAUAAUUCUCGCAACAGACAUAGUCGACGUUCAUCAUCACAAACCAAUGAACAUGAUAUGUUGAUUCCAGGUCAACCGUUAAUAUAUAACGCCACGAUAACAUCUGUUAACCGAUCAGGUCAUGGUUCACGUGGACCAUAUACCAGUCUUGGUCCAGGUCAUUUUCGUAUAGCUGGAAAAGCACCAUUAGCUUACGAUACUACCUCUGUUGGAACUACAAGCCCAGUUCAAACACCUAGACCAACUAUGCAAGAUGCAUUACAAUUUUCAUUUGAAAAUGAUCGUGUACAACGUAAUUCACUGUUGAUUUCAUCAAAUCAAAAUGAAAAACCAUUGAAACCUGUACUGUUCGAAGAUGAAGUGAUCAAUAAAUCCUCGAGAUCAUGUUUUACAUCAUGUCUCCAAUGGAUUUCAUCAUUUUUCCGGAGAUUAUUUGGUCGUAGCGAUGAAUCGAUGAAAUCUAGGAAAUCUGGCAAUCUUGGACAAGAUCCAGGUGGGAUUAAAGGACCUAAAGAGUUUGCAACGCUUCGAGCAAUGGCCGCUUUAGCUGCAGCGACAGCAGCAACAGCUGUAGCCGAUCCAACAAAAGCUGCUCAGGGAGAUUUGCUUCUUCCUCCAGGUUUCCUUGAUCCAGUAAGAAUGUUACACCUAGACCAUACAGAUACUGCUACAGAAGACUAUGAAGAACAGACGAAAUCAAUACAGUUGGAUCGUCCAGCUAGAGAACUUUUAAUCUGGUCAAUUUUAGUCGGUAAACUACGUAUGGCUGAAUUAUUUUGGACAAUGGAAAAAGAACCUAUAGCAGCAGCUUUACUGGCCUCAAUACUUUUAACAUCUUUGGGGAAUAAAACAGAUGACUUUACUGAUAAAGAAGAUUAUAGAAGCUUUGCAAAGAAUUUUCAAGAACGUGCAGAAGGUGUAUUGAAUGAAUGUUAUCGAGAGGAUGAACAUCGUACACAAUUAAUUAUUAAUCAUGAAUUAAUCUAUUAUGGUCGUAGUUCAGUGAUUAAAUUGGCUGCUGAAGGACAAAGUAUUAAAUUUAUGGCCCAUCCAUGCUGUCAAGAUUUUCUUACCAAUACAUGGAGUGGUAAUCUAUCAACAAAGAAUAGUGUAUUUCGGUAUUUUCUGGGAAUCGUUUGUGGUUUGACAUUACCAUUUCUAAUCCCUAAAAUCAUCCUAUCCAAACCAAAAUCUGGUCAUACAGUUGAAGGAGAGGAAUCCGUUGCUGCUUCUGAACAUCAUGCAUCUGCACAUGAUCAUAUUUCAACAUAUACAAAUGUAGAAGAUGCUGGUAAAAAAGGUGUACGUAAAACACUUAAAGUGAGAACAUUAGAAUUUAUUUCACAGAUUCGUGAUUUCUAUAUGGCACCUGUUAUUCGUUUUGUGUAUAAUACUCUUUCUUAUAUGACAUUUCUCAUCUUGUUCAGUUAUCUUUUACUGGUGGAUUUCAGGAUCAAUAUAACAGUUGUUGAAUAUAUUGUCAUUGCAUGGGUAAUCACACUGUUCAUAGAAGAAAUUAAACAGAUUGCUUGGGCUGUAUUAUCCGGUAUCAGUUUUAGAACGUAUAUUUCAGAUGGUUGGAAUAAAUUAGAUUGUGUUGGUUUAGCCCUAUACAUUGUUGGUUUUAUAUUACGAUUAAUUGUUCUACUACGUUUGGGUGGAGGAGAAAAUAUCGACUUUGAACAUGAACGUUAUUAUAUUGUAACAGAUCCUAUUCUAGAUCCAUCAAGGAUAUGUCUUGCAAUCAGUUUAUUCACCUUCUAUAUCCGUUUAAUGUAUACAUUCAGUUUUCAUAUUGCAUUAGGACCGAAAUUGAUUAUGAUUGGAAAAAUGGUGACGAAUGAUUUGAUUCCAUUCAUGAUUAUUUUAACUGUGAUUAUGGUUGGUUAUGCGGUAGCUGCUCAAUCGAUCGCCUAUCCUAAUGGUUUAUUCACUAAGGAGAACAUGACGCUGAACUCUGAGAUUAAGCAUAUGACAUUUGCAGAUAUCAUCUUUUCAAUGUAUACAACCGCGUAUUUUCAAAUGUUUGGUGAUUUCAGUUUAGAUGCAUUACAAGGAGAAGAUCGUACAUGUCAGAAUCAUAUGUGUCCUACAAAAACAUCCCGUUGGCUUGUUCCAAUUAUGCUUGGAUUCUAUGUUUUAUUAACAAAUAUACUGAUGUUCAACUUACUUAUUGCCAUGUUUUCUAAAACGUAUGAAGAAAUUGAAAGUGCAUCAACAUACUAUUGGAAUUAUCAAAGAUAUCAAAUGAUUAAUGAUUAUGUACACAGAUCACCACUUGCACCGCCUAUAAUUAUUGUAUGGCAUUUUUAUGAAGCUUAUAAAGCUAUUGGUAAUCAAUGUGCAAGUUUAAGAAAUGCAGAGACAACUAAAUAUAAUCCAUUCUGUGUACGUUUUACUGAUAUAAAAAAAGAAAGAGAAAUGGUCAAAUGGGAGCAUAUGAAAGCGAUGGACUACCUAAGAGAACCUUCAACAAAAGCUACAGGGAAACGAGGUGUAGCUGAGUCACGAGCUGUAGUAUUUCGUGGUGGCGGUGGUGUUGGUCCUGGUCAAGGACCAGUUAUGGAUUUAAAAAGUGAAAUGUCCAGUGUUACAGAGGGGAUUGGUAUGGAGUUAGAAAAACGUUUCAAAGAAAUAGACAAUCAAUUUCAACGAUUCAAUGAUGUUGACUCACGACUGAAUGAUGUAACCCAAUUACUCACUAAUUUAUCUGAAGUUAUCAGUAAUAUGACAGAAACUCAACAACGAGUAAGUUGA